AAUCAAUUAGGAAGUCAAAUCAAAGUAGAUCUACAAAUAUUGUCACAUAUAUUGGAUUUAAUACUGAUCUGAGGGAGCUUACGUUACAAUUUUAUUAGUAUAUCAAGGUUAUGAUUGUGCUUAAGACAAUCGGGGAUUCUCACUAAAAUUUGAUAAAGAAGAGGUAGCUCUCAUCUUCAUAUGCUGAAAUUCUACCAGGAAAUGUGACAGCUAAAAACAAUAUAAGCAAGAAGCUGUCUUCUUCGUAUAUGGAAGAAGGAUGGGGAGUUGGAAGACAAUAAUGUUGUUGCUGGUACUUUGUCUGAUGACACUUUUUACAAGAGGUGUCAUGGCUAAAGAUGAAGUAAAAGUGACUGGUCGUCCUGGUGAAAAGAUAACAGUGCCAUGUAACACAGAAGACCAGGAUGUAGUUCAGCUUGAUUGGAUCAAGGAAGACAAACUCAUUGUACAAGUCAUUAAUAAAAAAACAUCAUUUCCAAAUCCAGAGGACGAAGACAAGUAUACAAUAGCUAUAUCCUAUGAGCUUAUAAUUGACCAGGCUGAUUUCUCAGACAGUGGACUCUACACAUGCAGUUUCAAAACUGAUAUCAAUGGCACAUCAGUGAAUGACACAAAGGAGGUGAAAGUAUGGGAUUUGCCGAACCCUCCAGUAGAGAAGCCCAUGCUAGAAGCCAUCAGCUCUGAGGCCAUGAAUAUAACAUGGCAGCCAGGAAACUUCACAUAUAAGAGUGAUAGGCUGUUUUAUAUCGUAGAACUAUUGAGUACAGCGAUGGGUGAUCUCAAGUCUGAGAAGGUUACUCAGCCUGGCACUACAUACAGGGUGAUCAAUGAUCUGCGCCCAUACACUCAGUACCAGGCACGUGUAAAGGCUGUCAAUGAGGUCGGAGAGGGAGGAUUUAGUGAAUACUCAGAUAUUGUCUACACACAUGAGUCAGUCCCUCACUCUCCACCAACUAUUACAUCUGCCCGCACCAUAAGUGACUCGGAGAUCCGUGUAGAAUUCCAACCUCCCCCCGCAUAUGGCCUGAAUGGAGUCCUUACAGGGUUCGUUCUCAUGUACCAGAUCUCAGGAGCUGCAGAUGCUCUACAUUCCUGGGAAGUCAAAAACAGCACUAUGAGGAGCUAUCACUUUACAAAGCUGAAACCAUAUACCACCUACACCGUUGGUGUGAGAGUCACAAACUCAGUGGGGGAAGGACCUGCAGACUCCAAGACUGUCAAGACAAGUGAAGGAGUGCCAGAACCCCCAUUUAUAUACCAGCUGACAGAUCAGACUCAUGAUGCUAUAAAGGUAGUCUGGUCCAGGCCUAAGAAAGUCAAUGGUUUGCUAAAGGGCUACAUUGUGUCUUGGACAUGGGAAAUAAAUGGAACCAGUGAAAAGGCUCAUAAAAAUAUCACUGAAGAUCUUGACAAUGAUAUGAUGUAUUCUGCCAUUACCAAACUAAUCCCGUACAAACGAUACCAAUUCCAAGUUGUUGCGUUUAAUGGCAAAAAUGAGAGCUCACCUAGUCAGCCUCAAACUGGAAUGACGGAUGUGAAGGGACCGAGUGCUCCAUGGGGAGUGAACUGUUCAGGAAAUACUACUACAAGCAUCCUUGUCUCCUGGAACAAACCAAAGAUCAUAUAUAGGAGGAUAGACCAAUACCGCAUCAAGUUCAGGAAAACUGAUGAAAAGUUUUGGACGCUUCAGGAAAUGCCAGAGAACCAAAUCCCUAAAUAUUUUUCUGUUAUUGAAUAUGUGAUCACUGACCUGGAGACUAACGCCAUCUAUGAGGUCCAGGUUGCUGGGGCAACAGCAAGUCUUUACUCGCAGUCACCUACUCUAGUCUACUAUUCUGGGGACUACUCAGUUCCAGUCACUUAUGAGUUGAAAGGUGAAGUUGAGGAGGAAGUGAAAGAGGACAACAUAUUCCAUGCAGGAGUUAUAGCAGGCGUGGCUCUUGGUGUACUUCUCUUGAUUGUCGUAAUUAGUGUUGUAACUGUCUUACGCUUAUAUAGGAGGUACUACAAAGCUAACAAGUACUUGGUGCCUGCUGAUCAUACUGCUAGUGAAGUUCUUUUGCAGCCGAGUCUUUACCUUGAUGCUUAUGGAAAAAGACUCACCAACCGUGAUGACUCGGAUGGAAGUGUUUCAGUUGAGAACUUUGCUAAACAUGUGCAGACUUCACAUGCUGAUGGGGAUGCUGGAUUUGCACAGGAAUAUGAGGAGAUCCAUGCUGGAGUGAAGCAUGACUACACUACAGCCCACUCUAAUGACCCUGAUAACAAGAGCAAGAACAGAUACAUUAACAUAUUAUCAUAUGAUCAUAGCAGAGUGGAACUAAAGCCAGUGCUGGGCAGACAGAAACAUAGUGACUACAUCAACGCUAACUAUGUAGAUGGUUUUCACAAACCACGUGCCUACAUUGCCACACAGGGUCCUCUCCCUCAUACAUUUGCAGACUUCUGGCGCAUGGUUUGGGAGCAGAACUCAUAUGUUAUCAUUAUGAUAACUAAUCUCAUGGAACGGGGAAGGCGCAAGUGCGACCAGUACUGGCCCGAUGACGCCGCAGAGACAUAUGGGUUCCUCCAGGUGAAACUUCUUAACACAUACGUGUUAGCGCAUUCUACUAUGAGACAAUUCACACUGAGGAACACUAAAAUAAGAAAGAAGGGUCCCUCUUCAGAGAGGCUGGUCUACCAGUUCCACUAUACAGACUGGCCUGACCAUGGAGUUCCAGACUUCACAUUACCAGUGUUGGACUUUGUUAAGAAAUCCCAGGCUGCAAACCCAGACAAUGCUGGGCCUGUUGUCAUACAUUGCAGUGCUGGAGUGGGCAGAACGGGAACUUAUAUCGUCAUUGAAAGCAUGAUACGACAAGCAAGACAGAAAAAAUCCAUCAAUGUUAAAGGAUUUCUCAAACAUAUAAGACAACAGAGAAACUAUCUUGUGCAGACAGAGGAGCAGUAUGUGUUUUGUCAUGAUGUCUUACUGGAAUGGGUGGAGAAUGGAGGGGAGACGGAAUGUAAGGAGGCAAAGCUCCAUGAAUAUCUGCAAGCUCUGACAGAGGGUGGUGAUGAAUCUCUUCUCACUAAGCAAUUCAAGCUGGUGACAUCUUUUAGCCCCAAGGACUACCAAGUGGUCAGUGCUAAUAAAUCGUACAACACCAAGAAAAACAGAAACAUGAACAUCUUGCCAGUUGAGCUGAAUCGUGUGAAACUCACAGCACGACCGGGGGAAGAAGGAUCAGACUAUAUCAAUGCCACCUAUCUGGAAGGCUAUAAUAACAUUAAGGAGUUCAUUGUAACUCAGCACCCAAUGCAGAGUACAAUUGAGGAUUUCUGGAGACUGGUGUGGGACCAGAAUUGUGCAAUUAUUGUACUAUUGUCAAAACAUGAAGGAGACGAGUUCCCUCAGUUUUGGCCAGAUCGUGACUCAGGGGCCAUGGAUUGUGGCCAUUUUCACGUAGCAUUCCGGGAUGAAGACCAUCAACUUAACCAUAUCUCUAGGGACCUUAUACUAGAAUCAAAAGAGGAUGACUAUGAGUUGAUGACACGGAUCAUCUCAUCAUCGUACUGGCCUGAGACCUGUACACCCCUCAGUACAACAUUUGAACUGGUCCAGACAGUGAAAGAUUGGCACAAGAGGAUUGGCAACUCGCCUAUAAUAGUGGUGGACAGGGAUGGUGGAAGUCAGACAGGAAUAUUCUGUGCCCUAUCUACUCUUCAAGACCAGCUGAAUCUAGAAUGUGCAGUGGACAUCUACACAAUAGCUAAACUCUACCAUCUAAAGAGACCUGGAAUAUGGGACACUCAGGAUAGUUAUCACUUGUUGUACAAAGCUCUAGACUCCAUAGCCAAGGACAAUAUUGAUACGAAUGGUGCUGUCACUCACUACAACGCAUUUGGCGGAUCAUUUAAGAGACGCGGGGAGUCCAUGAGACAUCGCAGCGACACCAAUCCACAUAAAGCAAAAACUGAACGUCAUAGUGUCAACACCGAAACUGCAAUGUAAAAAACAUUUGCAUAAAACCAUAAUAUGAAAAACCAUGAUGUGAAUAUUGUUAUUAUACAGAAUCUGAGGAAUAUUGAUUGUAAAUUAGAUUGAUAUUGUAGUGAUCGUAGCUUGCAAUUUGUGCUCUAGCAUCCUCAUUCAAGAAAUAAUUAUAUUAAUAAUUGGACAAAAAUCCAGUAAAUAAGAAAAAUGAAAUGAUGUUAAUUGAAUCGAAAUGAUGUUAAUUGUUGCUUUAAUGUUACAGAAAUCCAGUUCUCAAGAAAAUGAAAUGAAAUCCAUUUUGAAUGGAAACCUGAAAUUGGAUGUUCAAAUGCCUGACCCUUGCUCUGUAUUGCAGACUGCAUGCUUAUUGCUUAUACUACCUUGAAGUAUUAAUUUGUUGUAAUAUUCUGUAAAAAGUACAUUUUUAUUUUGUAAUGCAAUUGUUCAUAUUUUUACAUUGGUUUAUUAAAAGUUUAUAUGUACAUAUAUAUAAAUUGUAAGAUAUGUGGUUUCAUUGUUGAAAUAGGAAACUUCAAACAUCUAAAACAUCCUCCUGAUGGAACAGAGCCAAAAUUUGGA